AUGAGGUCCGCAGCGAAGGCAUCUACGGAUGAAGAGCAAGAUCGACAGAAAAAGAGGUUUGAUGUUCGCAGGUUCAAACCUCCCUCGUACCGUGUCGGAGACGUCGUUAUGGUGGAUGCCCACCCUGUUGCUACUGGCGAGAACAAUAAUAUCACAUCGGUUGAUCAUGAUUUCAUUGCAAAUCGAGAUACUAGCGACAUAAAGCUACGCAUUGAAAAAGAAGUCGAUGAAACCAAAAGUUUUCUCUCUAAUGACCCAGCUACCUGGCCGAUCAGUGAUUCUACUCGUGACUACAUUGCACUCCACGGAUGGAUACAAAAUGAAAAAGCAGAUUUUACUAGUUCAAGAAAACUUUAUAGUGAUGGCAGCAUGAGAUAUCUGUCUAAAAACGUAUUCAAACGAAAACUACUCAAUGGCGAAGAAGUGCAUCGACCGUGGCUCGUUUUUUCUGAAAAUAAGGGAUCGUUAUUUUGCCUUGCGUGUCUCCUUGUUAGUACUAAUGAUAGUAUAUUUAACGAUAGUGACGAAUUCAGUGAUUGGAAGCAUUCGGUUGAAAGAAUACUAAUUCAUGAAAACUCUCGUUUUCAUAAGCAAUCUGUUGCUGAUUUGAAACAAAGAGCUAGCAAGUGUGGUCAGAUAAAUGAAAAAUUAACUUUCGAAUUUGAAAAGAAAACCGCUUAUUGGAGAAAUGUCCUGCGUCGGGUUGUAUCUGCUACAAAGUAUUUAGCAUCUCGUGUUCGUCCAUUCCGAGGAACAGAUGAAAAAUUUGGUUCUGAAAAUAACGGGAAUUUCUUCAUGCUUAUAGAAUUUCUCUCCGAGUUCGAUCCUCUUAUGGCCAAGCACGUCAACGAUUUCGGCAAUAAAGGAAGUGGAAGCACGAGCUAUUUGUCAAAAACAAUUUAUGAAGAAUUCAUUGAAAUUAUGGCACGUGAAGUACUGAAAAAUAUAGUAUCAGAAGUGAAGAAUGCUAAAUAUUUUUCGAUUAUCGUCGAUUCAACUCCAGAUAUUGCGCAUAUUGAUCAAUUGUCAUUUGUAUUAAGAUAUGUAAGAGAUAAUGGCCAGCCUGUUGAACGGUUUUUAUUGUUUAUUGAAAACGUUGAACAUAAAGCGAAUGACGUAGGUGAUGCAGUUUUUGACACAUUGGAACACUAUGGCAUCAAUAUAGCUGACUGCAGGGGUCAAUCGUAUGACAAUGCAAAAAACAUGUCAGGUCAAUAUUCUGGUCUUCAAGCGAGAAUUAAAUUACUUAAUGAACUCGUAGAAUGGAAUCCGCGUUCAGGUCAUUCAUUAAAUUUCGUCGGGGUUCAUGCUGUAGGGAGUUGUUCUGAAGCUUCCAAUUUUUUCGCUAUAGUACAAUCGGUGUACAAUUUUUUCUCGGCGUCAACGCAUCGUUGGGCAAUUCUCAAACGAUGUGCUCAAGAAAAAUCUUUGACUUUGAAAUCUCUUUCAACAACUAGAUAG